AUCAAAAUCACCCAACGAGCAUCCCCUCAGGACUUCGUCGAGUCCAGGCCUGCUUAUGCAAGGCAGUACUCACUGAGUCUUGAGCAGGCCAACAUACGGUGCCCAUGCUCCUGUAGCAGGCAUCUCCAACCUUCAACUGCUACCCAAAUUUCAGCCUCGAUGUGUCUAUGAGACCUCCCUCCUCCCACUCCCCCAGGUCCAUGUUGUCAUCCUCAUCACUAUUGCGACCCCCACGACCGCUGUCACCGUGCCAAUGAGCCUGCCGAAACGAAAUCUUUGCUUCACCAUCCCUAGUGUGUACGAUGACACCGAGCUCGACUGCCGGCUGUACUAUCCACGACGGACAGAGCAGAAUUCGUCUCUGUUUGGCCGGUGCUUUGCCAUUGUUGCCCAUCCUUACGCUCCCUUAGGAGGUUCCUAUGAUGACCCUGUGGUUGCUCUCGCCGGCAAUAUCUUGCUACGGCAAGGCUUCAUCUUGAUCACGUUCAAUUUCAGAGGAGCCGCCGGAUCGUCAGGAAGGACUUCCUGGUCGGGCAAACCAGAAUUGGCGGACUAUGUAUCGGUGUAUGGCUUCGCCCUGUUCUACAUGGACGCCAUUUGGCGCCAUCGGAAGCAGAAGCAGAGGCAGGGCAGCAAAGAAGGAGACGGUCAACGACUCAAGCACGAUUCUGCGGCUGUACCUCCUACAGACCGGCCUUUGCUUGUCCUUGCUGGAUAUUCAUACGGCUCAAUGAUUACGAGUCACCUGCCGAAACUCGAAGUCGUGGCCCAGCUCUUUGAAGCUCCCAAGGAAGAUUCGGCCGAAAAGGAGAUCCAACGGCGUGCGUGUGACCUAGCUCGUGAUGGCCGAGCAUAUAUUGAGAUGUAUACUACUGAUAUGACUCUGUCAUCACCGCGCGGACGGCGAGAGAGAUGGGACCAGAACGGAGAGAGAUCACCUCCAGCUACGCCGCACCAGCGCCCACAGCUUCAUCAUCCGGUGACGAUGGGAGGGUAUGAGUCAGAUGUGGCAGGCCGACGAGUGAGUCGCGAGUCAUCUCGACGCAGCAUUGAUGGAGAAAGAGUAAAGCAGAGCUUUGACCGAGUUCGGCAUAAGAUGAGCGUCCGCAAAUCUUCUUCCCAGCAACAGUCACCCACGAAAAUCUUGCCCGAGGACAAGACCGAGAGGGCAUUGGAGGCGAAAGAGAUGACAAGGGAUGCCAGCAUUGUGCCGCGAAUUGCGUUUGUACUGAUAUCACCGCUGUUGCCACCGGUUGCUGGCUUCAUCACUAUGUUUUCCAAAUUGAAGUUGGUCACGAAGGCCUCGAACAUGUGCAACUCAGGACCAAAUCAGGAGCAUGACGGUGGUGAGUUUGAGCAACUAGUGCGAUGGCCGUGCCUGUGUGUAUUCGGCAGCAAGGAUGCCUUUACGUCAGAUGGCAAGUUGCAGAGAUGGACUGAACAACUACGUGCCCGAGCAGGCUCACAAUUUGUCUCGAUCAGAACGAAUUCCGGACAUUUUUGGAUAGACUCGGAAGGGAUUGUCCGGCUACAGCAGGGAAUGAUUGAUUGGAUUGCGGCAUUGUCAGCCGACGGUGACAAGAGAAGUAAUAAUGGCGACGAUGGGCUUGCGCAGGGACAAUCUCCCAAUGGGAUAUUUCCGGUCGAGACAAGCCCGAUUUGAGGGCAUGAAGAAUUAUAAAGUCUACCUACCUGGUAGACACACUUUCUGGUACUGGG